GGCUCCCGGCCCACAUUGGGGUGUUGGGUUUCGGUUGUUUCCAGCACUGACAGGCGGUGAAGUCAUAAGACUUUCACAUACAUUGAUUCACCUCAACUUCCCUCCUCUUUCUCAUUCUCUUCUCCAUUUCUCACUCAAUCACAACAGCACAACUGAAUACAACACAAGAAAAGAGUUCCAAAAUGGUACCGUCUCAGGUCGUAAACACCUACCCAUUGUCCAGCUACACCUUCGGCACCAAGGAGCCCAAGAUGGAGAAAGACACCUCCGUCGCCGAUCGUCUUGCUCGCAUGAAAGUCAAUUAUAUGAAAGAAGGAAUGAGGACCAGCGUGGAAGGAAUUUUACUGGUACAAGAACACAAUCAUCCUCAUAUUCUUCUUCUGCAAAUUGGAAACACAUUUUGCAAACUCCCAGGUGGCCGUCUUAAGCCAGGAGAGAAUGAAAUCGAGGGCUUGAAGAGAAAAUUGACUAGCAAACUUGGUGCUAAUUCACCUGGUCUUGUACCUGACUGGCAGAUAGGUGAAUGUGUUGCAAUCUGGUGGAGGCCAAAUUUUGAAACCAUAAUGUAUCCAUACUGUCCUCCUCAUAUAACAAAGCCCAAGGAGUGCAAGAAGCUUUUCCUUGUUCACUUAUCUGAGAGGGAAUACUUUGCUGUACCGAAAAACCUGAAGCUGCUUGCUGUUCCAUUGUUUGAACUCUAUGACAAUGUUCAGAGAUAUGGACCAGUCAUAUCCACCAUUCCUCAGCAACUUUCCAGAUUCCAGUUUAAAAUGAUCACUAACUGACCGUAAUCGGAAGCUUAGACACUCUGAAAGAAUACUGCUUUCCAUUUGUCAUUUAAAAACUAGGACUGAUUUGAUACAUUAUCCUAAACCCUAAAUCCUAUUGUCAUUGCAUAAUCUGGUCAGAGAACUAUUUUUGAAGUGUGUUUCUAAAUAGAUUUGUAAUUUGUGACACUGUUUGUAUUAAUUCAUUGGAUUUUGGGUUGAA